CUCUCCUCAACUCCACCCAUUUUUUCCACCAACUCACAGCCUCCCCACCCUCUUCUCCAGCGCCUUCGUUUGCCCCCGCAUCCCCUUCACUCUAUACUUCCACCCCUCCUCCUCUUUGCCGGGAUUGCCACAAACCUCUCUGUUCAAAGUCUUUACUUAGCUUAAGUCUAUCCCCGACACUCGCACGAGCACCGGUACUCAAACAUCUGUCUACGAUACAGUAGCGGUAACCCGUUCACAUAGAGUACAGUAGAAUUGCUCAGCUUCCUAGAAGCAAUUGUCGGUCGAUAGCAAGCAGGAACAAUACCAGCUUAUUCACUUGCACUGCUUCGCCCCCCGGAAAACCCGACAGCUGACUCUGGAGUUUCCAUCGGAGGAUUUAGUAGCUCGAACUGAUUGACUCCCGUGCUUCUAAUCCGCAUUUUCGGCAUUUUCUACCCGUACUAAUACGAGUACCAAUACAGUUGCAUUCCCUUCCAUAUUCCAUCGAUUUUAACACCUUCUCCCAUCCAAGCAGCGACUCAGGGUUCACGAUACGACUGGCAUUCAUCCGGGUUGUGUGGUUUUGGCUUCUUCCACUUUGCUAGACGUCCAACAACCGAGACCGCGACCUCACGUAGUACUUUUUCGCAAACAAAAAUACGUUAUCAGCCUACCAUUCACCUCACCAGGGUUAUGCAGGUCGUCGGGCGAUCCGCGCCGUUAUCUCGAGAGAGAACCAGAUACCUACUACCUAAUACCACCCAAUGGAAAUGGCAGCACUUAUGACCUGGUAAACGUGGCAUUGAGGCCUUUUUUUUUUUUUGAAUACAUUGAUCUCUUAUGCCCAAUAACUAUUAGAAAGCGUACUAUCCAUUAGGAUAGGAAUAUGAGCAGGAUAUGAGGCGAAGAUCCUACGAAAAUCAUCGACGCUCACAAAUGGCUUGUGUGGAAUGUAGAGGAUGUUCCCCGCAAGUCAGCGAUGUGUCCUCUGGCACGCCCUUGCCGUCGCAAUCGGGUCCGGCUCGAUUGAGGGUGUGAACAGCAACCGCCCCCCUACCACAGACCCCACAGUCGCGGUGGCCCAGACGGCGGAAGCAAUAGUGAGGGCAGGGAACAACAAGGACUCCAGAGGCCUAGCUACGCAAGGCCGGCGAUAGGCCCGUCCACAAAAUAGCAGCAGGAGACGUCAGCGGAAAACAGCAGAAUAGUGGCCAAAAUUUAACGAAGAGAACACGCUACCCGAGUCUUACUUCAAGGGAUACCAUCCAGGGCACAGAGAGCCGUGCUGGAAGGGAACACUUGGAUUGUUAUAUAAAGCCAGCGGAAGAAGAUUGGAAUAGUAUUGGGGAAUUAGGAGAUAUAUCUAUGCUAUCCCCGACUAGCGCUAAGUCAAGGAUCCGGUCAGGCAUCUCUAGUGAACCCAAAGAAGCCCCGAGGGCGACGAGAGAAGAGGGAAUAGGCCAGGAAGAUAUAGCAACACCGAAUAUGACAUCCCGCCCUGGGCCCCUCUCUAGGGCUCUCCCCUUCGGCGGCCAAGCAUCCCCCCCUUCGUCUACCAUCCCUCUUGAGUACCAGACACCCAUUCGAUGCCCCCACUUCCACAGCACUUGAUGCCACCUCCGCAGGAGCCCGUAAUCUCCUACCAGAUCUCGAUGGUGAUGAGCACCAUGAGUUUUCCCAUCGCUAUUCCGUCCAGCCAUACCGUCGCUGCUAGUGGCGCAGUAGUGCCUACCGAGCACAAUGUUGCGACAAAGGGUUGACGGGACCAAAGGGGGAAGUUACCUUUUCCCGAUGAAUUCGGAACCUAGGGUCCACGAGCAAAUGACAUCUUGAUUCGGGAGGGGGGGUGGGCGAAAAAACCUUUUCUGCGACACUCCUGCGAUUUUCCGGGUGAGUGGUAGUGUAGGUGAUAUGUAGGUAGUGGUUUUGAAAGCUGUGGAGGGAUCUGACCCGAAUUAAAUCCGGCUCAUGCUCUUUAAUGUUUUUACUGCCUAUGCUACUCCAUAGUCCUAAUUUAGUGAUUUUACCUUUUUUAUAAUUACUUAUCUUUUGUGAAUCCCUCCAAGCGUUUGAGGGGGGUUCAAAUGCCGCUCCUAGAAAACUUAAUACCACUGAAUAGAAAGGAGCGGUGGGAUUGCUUUAAUCGCUGUUGAGAAGCCUUCAGCUCCUGUUAUACGUACCAGGCAUAACGAACCCAAAAACGGUGGGCAAAAUUCGGCACCACUAUCGAGGGGAGAGGUGGUGGUUACACGGGCAACGGGAUUGGGCCUCAAAUGCCCUUACUCGAACGAGGACCCCGCAACCCAAGGAGAGUCUGUACUCGUACCGUACUCGUAUGAUCCAUGUAUGAUACCGCAUCAUAUCAUUUCCAGCGGCAUCAGAUCAGAUCAAUCAGAUAAACAAGCUGGACUGCAACCGUAUCGGAGGAGAGGUAUGCCUUCACCCACAUGCAAAACAACGCACCUCCCCCUCCCUUCAAGAAACCCCCAAUUCAUUCAUUCAUUUCACAAACCAUGGCCUCGGCACCCGAAACCGCGGUCACUUCCGGCGCUCGCAAAAACGGCAAAUCCUGGAAACCAACCGGAACCGCCUUCCGCCCGAAAGCGGGCGCGAGUCGGUCCUGGGGAGCCCGGCUGGAGCAGCGCAAGGCGCUGGCCGCGACAAAGGAGGCCAAGGUGGAGAAGGAGCGCUACGAGCGGCUCGCCGAGAAGAUGCACGUUAAGCGAGUUGAGAGGAUCAGGCGCAGGGAGAGGAGGAAUAAGGUGCUGAAGGAGCGGUGAGACGGGUUCGGACGGGGGGAGGAGAGUGGGGGGAGGCGUGUACGGUAUGAUAAUGAGUGGUAUGAUGUCGUGACUAUAACUUAGUGGGGGAACAAAAGCUUUUUAGUUUCUCUCUCCUCUUGAUAUUGGCUUAAUUUAUACGUAUCAUAUGACACGGCAAAAA